AUGCUGCUGCUUAAAUUUCCUCCGCCUUAUGGCACAGGCACGGUGCGCGGAGACCAACUUGGCGCCCGAAGCUGCUAUGCUUUAGCAGUGAAGUCCACCAACCACCAACAUCGGGGCGAGGCCCUCGCAGUAACCCAGGCUCCAGCCCCAGUUCAAGCUGGCACCGAGCGCCCAGAAGACCCCAGGAAGGAAUCUGUCACCCCACAGGCCGAACCUGUGGAAGACCUGGAGCUGGUUACUCUCGAUGCCGAUAUCUCGGACCGGUAG